UUUAAUAAACAGAUUUUAAUACUUAUAAGUACAAGUUUUAAGAAUAUAUUUAAAAUGAGACAUUCGUCAUCUAAAUCUAGAUCAAGAUCAAAGGGUAACAAACGCGGUGGAUAAAAAAGAUCUUCACAAGAUAGAGGAUCUUAUAAAAGAAGCUUCAGUAGAUCUGAUAGCAGAGGAAAAGAUUCAAAAAGAGGGGGAGGAGAUUUCAAUUCUAGAAGACGCAACAAAUUUUCAGAUCCUUCAUAGAAUGGUGGAAGUAGCUAAAGAGGUGGCUUUAGCAGUGGUUUCAAUGAUUCAAAUAGUAAUUAGAGAAACGAUGAUAGAGGUUAUCAGAGUGGAAAUGGAGGAUUUGGAUCUAAAGGAGGAUAAUAGUAUGGAUCUAGAAACGAUAAUGGAUACAAAGGAGAUUAGAAUGGAAAUGGAGGCUUUUCUUACAACAAUGUCAGGAAUUCUUAAGGACCUAAUAUGAAUGAAGACAUAGACAGAAUUUUACAGAAUUCAAAACCUGAAUCUUCAUACAACCGUAACUAAUAUGAUAGAUCUUCAAAUGGAGUAGGCUUUAACAAUAAUUUUUCAGGAAAUUCAGGAUAAGGAAGUAGUUACGAUAACUACCAGAUAUCUACUUCUUCAUUAAGAUAAUCUUCUUCAAAAACUUUCCGCAAAGUCCCUAUUCCUUAAGAUGGGAAAUUUAAUUAUAUUGGACUAAUUAUUGGCCCAAAGGGUUCUAAACAAAAGUAAUUAGAAGAAAUGACUCAUUGUAAAAUUUUAAUCAGGGGAAAGGGCUCUCAAAAAUAAGGUGCACCUUAAUAGCCUGAUGAUAAUGAAGACUUACAUGUUUUAAUUGAGGCAGAUUCUGAAAUGAAUGCAAACAAAGCCAUGAAAGAAAUCGAAAAUAUCAUUUUUAUGGAUGAUGACUAAAAAGUUAAGCUCCGUGAUUAGUAACUUAAGUCUAAUUACAAUGGUGGCUAGUAACAUAGACCAGAUGGUUAAUAUAACAAUAAUAAUGACAGAUAGACUUUCAUUUAAAUUCCAAAAGAUGUUGUAGGACUUGUGAUUGGAAAGAAAGGUGAAACAAUCAAAUAAAUCAAAGAAAAGUCAGGUGCUGAUAAAGUUUACAUGCAACCUGAAAAUUAACGCAAUUAAUAAGAUGAUUCCUAUUAAAAUCUUAUUGUAGAAGGCUCUGCAAGCUAAGUUGAAAGAGUUAGAGAGCUAGUCAAUGACAUUAAAAACUAAUAGCAACAAAAGAAAUAAGGGUACAACGAUAAUUUUAAUAACAACAAUUUCAAUAAUAGAGGUGGUAAUUAAAAGCAAGAAGCUAGAAUAGAAAUGGAAAUACCAGCAAAUUUGGCUGGUUUAGUCAUUGGAUCUAAAGGCUCUACCUUGCAAUAAGUGGGUAGUGAAACAAGGACACGUUGUUAAAUUAAUUAAAACAAUAAUGACAACAGAAAAAUAUUAAUAAUUGUUGGUAAUACAGAAGAGGAUUGCCAAAGAGCUAAAGAAAUAUUCUAAGAAAAAAUGAACAGCAGAAUGGCAGGAAACUAAAAUGACAGAGACAAUAACUAAAGAGGAGGUGGUUUCAAUAAUAGAGGGAAUAAUAAUAGUAGUAGAGGAGGAGGCAGAACCUUUAAUAACCGUCGUCCUCGUAAGAAUGCUGAUGAUGAUGAAAUUGUAGAAGCAUAUUAGUUUGAAUCAUAUCCUACUUACAAUCUUGAAGAAUAAAUGAUGCAUAGCUAGUAAAUGUUGCUUAACAUGCAAAAUUUCUACAAUCAAUAGGGUUAAUAUCCUCCUUAGUAAUAAGUUCCACCUGCAUACGGCAAUCAGCAAUAAUAGUAACCCAGUGAUUCAUAUGCUGUAGAUUCCAAACCUGGUUAGUCAACUGAUAAUUUAACUAACACUAAUAUUUCUACUUCAGAAAAUAACACCGUAAAUUCUAUUUCACCUCAACCCCAAUAAUAAGCUGCAACUACAGAAUUUUAGCAGUAUCCAUAACCAUAUGGUUAAGCACCAGGCUAUGAUCCAAACUAAGUGUAAAUGUAAAUCUCAUAAUAUCUUUAAUAUUAGCAAAUGUACUUGCAAACACAAAGCUACACAGGACCUGUUAUUGAAGAAGUACUAGCUGACGGAACCAUAGUUUCUCUAAGUUAAAAUGCAGAUGACAAAAAGAAAGGUAAGAGAGGAGGUAGAAGAUGA